UAAUAGUAGAAACAAAUACCUUGUUCGGCCUUACCGCAUGUACUAAACACUCCUCUGAGCGGUGGAGAUAGAUAUGGGUAUCUAUACUGACAUAUAUCUUCGAAUAAAACGAUAUGCGCUGGUUUAAAUUCAUAUUCUGAAACAUGCUGUUCUUAGCAGUAACGCUGCUUAUUUCCACCUCUCUGGCGUUGGGAAAACCUGUUGAUGAGACGUCAGAAGCGUUCAACCAAUCAGCGACGCUGGAUAAGGCGGGAAACUUCGUCGUGUACUGGAACUAUAACUCGAGCCACGUGACAUUCGAGGUACACGUGAAGACGCAUGGCUACGUUGGGUUUGGACUUUCCCCCAAUGGGAAUAUGUUCCCGGCGGACGUCGUGGUCGGCUGGGUUAAGAAUGGGCAUGUCUUCUUCAAGGAUAUGCACACAAUUGCGCACGCGCAUCCUGUGGUUGAUAAGAGUCAGGAUUGGUUCCUGCUUCAUGGCGAAGAGAACGACAUGGGAACCAGUCUGAGGUUUGUCCGGAAGCUGGACACGUGCGAUGCAGACGACAGAGUAAUCACGAACGCAACCCAGCGUCUGAUCUACUCGUACCAUCCGGACGACCCCGCGGACGAACACAGUCUCGUGUACCACGGUGGCGAACGCAGGGGCGCCAAGAGCGUCAUGCUGCUCAACGUCAACGCGCCGCCUGACGUCAUCUCGCACGAGGACGUCAAGGUGUUUGACCUAACCGCGGGAAAUUAUGAGGUUCCCAGCAACGACACGACUUAUAUGUGCGUUGGAUAUCAGAUGGAGGACAUAGGGGGGAAACAUCACAUGGUCAUGUUUGAGCCUCUAUUCACGCCUGGAAAUGAGCACAUGGUCCAUCAUUUUACCGUGCAGCGCUGCCCCGGGCGACACCCUCACCUGCACGGCGCACGUGGCGAGUGCUUCUUGGGAUUCCCGGAUGGUUGGCCGGCGUGCCCGGAAGUGUUCAUAGGUUGGGCUACAGGCGGAGGGCCCUACUAUUUCCCGCCGCACACCGGAUACCCUGUUGGAGGGGCAGACGAUAAUUCUUUCUACGUCAUGCAGAUGCACUAUGACAACCCGAGCAUGAAGAAAGGUGUUAUAGACAACUCAGGCGUUCGUAUUCGUCUGACGUCAAAGCUACGUCAGCAUGACGUCGGUACGUUGAUUAUUGGACAUGAUGUAACACCGUUACAAGUCAUACCACCGCGCGAGUCUUCCUUUGUAUCAAAAGGCUACUGCGCCGACCAUUGUUUAUCUCAGACAAUGGCUGGACAAAAUACUGAUGAAUUCCGGAUAAUAAGUGUGAUGCAGCACGCGCAUCUCCUAGCAACUGGUAUGAAAACGAGGCACUUCCGGAACGGGACAGAGUUGCCCCCCAUAAUCGAUGACCCGAGCUACGAUUUUUACUUCCAAGAGUUCCGCCCAUUGCCGGAUGAAGUAGUCGUGCGAAAAGGUGACAGUUUAUCCGUGGAGUGCACAUACAGUACGAUUGGCAGGACGACACCUGCAUUUGGAGGUCUGACAACCCGGGAUGAAAUGUGCGAGGCGUUUAUCUACCAUUAUCCGCGCCUAGAUUUGAACGUCUGCGAAUCUAGACCGGACAUGAACACGAUUUUCAACCGAACGUUUAACCGAAAUUAUUAUGACUCGAAUUCCACCGAUUCAUUCAUGUACUUCAUGAAACACGAAUUUGAUUGGUCGGACCAGACGCGCAUAAACCAGUUCAAAGCGGAUCUUAAUAGCGCCAUUUAUAGAACCGGUUGCCAUGGUACACACACGCAGGCAGAUGCACGGAAGGUCGGUACACUGGUGUUCACUUUCCACUUCGAUGAGAGGACAGUCGUUCCCUACAUUCCGUCUAAAUCUCAAUGUGACGUCACUGACCACGCUAUAAAUCCCAAUCUCGCCAACAUUGUCGGGUGACGUCACGGUGGACGAUGUUCACUGCUUUCGUACCGAGCAAUCAUGAAAUGCGAACUAUGAAUGUUAAACAUAAAUAUAGUUAGUAACUAGAGUGUAAAAAAAAAUGUGCUUAAUUAUAAAUGUUCGUUUUGCUUAGCAUUUUUCGCCUUGUUCAACAGAAUUUCAGUUGUAUCAAGACAUUCUUUGUUAUUCGAGAUAAUUAUCAAUAUAUUGAGUAUUUUGA